UGCAGUGAGUAUGUGUGUCUGAGUACGUGGGUCGUUGUCGGAGAAAUAACGGCGUGUGUGUUAAUUUAUUUGUGAACAAGCGUCUAAAGCUAAAUUAGUUUACACAAAUUAAUAUUUAAGUCAGCAUUACCUGAAACCAGAAGAAAGACCGCGUGGAGAACGCGGGGCUGUCACCAUGGUCGCCACCAGCACGUUGAAGACUAAAAGCAGCGACUGUAUUUCCGAACUGGUCGACCGAAGACAUGACCAGGCUUGCAUUGAGAAAGAGCUGGAUUUCUGGGAUCACUGCGUGGCUGAACGCCAAAGGACUGCAGAUGUCACUGAAGACAGAACCUGUCAACAGCUGGCCAAGAUGUUUGAGAACUGCCUGUCGCGAGCCAAGAAGACAACGCUGCACUGCUCCUCUGUGCUGGUACCGGAGAAGCUCACGCGGAGAAUAGCUCGCGAGGUCCUGCGCCUGGCGUCUUGCGAGCCCUGCGGCCUGCGUGGCUGCGUCCUCUACAUCCACCUGGAGCUGGACAAGGGCUGCAAGCAGCUGGAGCGCGUCGUGUACGAUAGCGCCUUGGUGCCCACGUUUGAGCUCACUCUUGUUUUCAAGCAGGAUGGCACCGCCUGGCCCAGCCUACGGGACUUCCUUUUUAUGGGAACCUGCUUUGCCCCGACGUUCAGGCACGUACUUAAACUGAGUCCAGGUUUCCGGCUUGUCAAGAAAAAACUGUACUCCUCCUCGGCUGGUACCGUGGUAGAGGAGUGCUGAACUAUGGGAGGGAUUAAAGUGGGAUUAAAUCUGGUUUCCUGUGGGUAAACGCACUUCUGCCCAUGUGUAAGUGACACCCCAGUGGUGUCAUUUUCCACCGUGUUUUUGCACAAUACAGUUUUGUCAAAUCAACUAUUAAUAGCCAGUCGGUUCAGUUUGGAACUUGGGAUGUAAAGCCGUUACUAAAUGACCCUUAUAGUUCUGGGUUUGGCUUCAG